AAUGAUGAAUUUAAGUGAAACUGAAAAAAAUCUGAAUUUUGAUUUGAAUUUCUGUCAAAAAAAGGAUUUUAAUCAAAAGUGGAGCAAAUUAAAAAAAGAAAAUUUCCGUUAAUUAAAUUAAGGAAAAGAGCCACACACAGACACGCCGCAACAUGUUUGGAUACCGUUGAUUUUGUGUACGAAUGUCGUCGUCUGGCAGGCAGUUGAAGUGAAAGCACGCUUGACACACAAGAAAAAACGCGACAAUUAUUUCGAUAAUAAUAAUGUUAAAAAUAAAAAUUUAAGAGCCUAUUGAUACUUGAUUCAUCGACAUCGUAUAAAAAAAUUCUUAGUUCGUAAUUAGGAGAUAACAAUAAUGUAUGUGGCUGUACAUUCUGACACAUUUUUUGCAUUUGGAAUUAUUCUUAUGACCUUAACGUUUCCCGCAUUUGUCACGACGAAACAUCACCAUUAUAGGAACCAAUCUGAGAGCUCAGAGUUAGUAACGCCCACAGAAACGAGCUUAUCGCUGCAAGACAUUCUGCCAAAACAAACGAAGCAUUACGACAAAAAUCGGGCGCCGAAAUUUAUGGGUCAACCAACGGUUGUUUAUUUUCACGUGACAGUCCUGCAAAUUGACUCCAUCGAUGAGAAUAGUAUGACGUAUGUGACGGACAUCUUUCUCGCUCAAAGUUGGCGCGAUCCGCGCCUACGACUGCCGGAAAACAUGAGCGAAGAGUACAGAAUCCUCGAUGUCGAAUGGCUUCACGACAUUUGGAGACCGGAUUGUUUCUUCAAGAACGCCAAAAAAGUCACGUUUCACGAAAUGUCGAUUCCGAACCAUUAUUUGUGGUUGUAUCAUGACAAAACGCUGCUGUACAUGUCAAAGUUAACUUUGGUUCUGAGUUGCGCCAUGAAAUUCGAAACGUAUCCCCAUGACACGCAAUAUUGCUCCAUGAUGAUUGAAAGUCUGUCUCAUACCGUUCACGAUCUCGUCUUCAUUUGGAACAUGACAGAUCCGUUAGUAGUAAAUCCCGACAUUGAACUUCCACAACUCGACAUCUCAAAUAAUUAUACUUCGGAUUGUACAAUUGAAUAUUCAACCGGAAAUUUCACAUGCUUAGCGGUUGUUUUUAACCUUCGACGUCGUCUGGGCUACCAUUUAUUCCAUACUUACAUACCAAGUGCACUAAUUGUCGUCAUGUCCUGGAUCAGUUUUUGGAUUAAACCAGAAGCAAUUCCUGCAAGAGUUACACUAGGAGUCACAUCUUUGCUAACUUUAGCGACGCAAAACACCCAAAGUCAACAAAGUCUCCCGCCAGUCAGUUACGUCAAGGCCAUUGACGUUUGGAUGUCCAGUUGUUCCGUUUUUGUCUUCCUUUCCUUGAUGGAGUUUGCUGUCGUGAACAAUUACAUGGGACCCGUUGCGACAAAAGUUAUGAAGGGAUAUUCCGAUGAAGAUCUCUCUUCGGUAAGGUCGCCGAAUUUUUUCGUAUUUGAAGACUCAAAAUUUCAUCUUUUUCAGUACAUUCAGGGAACAGAGCCAAGACCGUCUGUAGUGCAGUACGAUACUUUUUGUCAUGGGCGCGAGACAGCACUUUUUAUCGACAAAUUUUCGAGAUUUUUCUUUCCGUUCUCAUUUUUUAUACUCAAUAUUGUGUAUUGGACGACGUUUCUUUAAACAAAUU